UGCAAUUUGGGAGAAGGUUCAUGUCAGCUCUGCAGAAAUAACUGCCUCAGCCUCUAGCUAUUAAAGAACUUUUUAAGAUCUCCUUGGUGUACAGUGCACUGGAAACUGAAAAUAGUGAAUCAUUAAAUAUGAAAAGAUAAGGAUAUCUAACUGACUUACUUGGGACUAUUACUUUAUUCUGCAACCGUCUACAAGGACGAUUACUAUUUUAUUACCCUUGGAUCAACUAUUGCAAGAGAUGGGUGCCUUGGCUUUAUUGAUUCUCCCAGUACUGGCAGUUGGGAUUGCUGGCAUUUUUUAUAUUUACAAACAAAUAAUGCGCCUGAUGUCCAAAUCAGCUGUGAGGAACAAAGUGGUUGUGAUAACUGAUGCUGUAUCUGGACUUGGGAAAGAAUGUUCCAGAGUUUUUCACAGUGGGGGAGGCCGCGUGGUCCUUUGUGGCAAUGAUUGGGAUAAGCUAGAAGCCCUGCAAGAGGCUCUACUUGCUGUUGCAGACCCUAGCCAGACAUUCAGUCCGAAGAUAGUACUUUUGGAUCUCAGUGAAACAGAGAGCAUUCCGGAGAAAGCCAAGGAAAUCCUUGAAUCCUUUGGGUGUGUGGAUGCGCUUAUUAACAACAGCAGUCUGAAAGUUAAAGGAGCUGCCCUCAAUGUCCCUUUCGAAAUGGACAAGAAGAUAAUGGAUGCUAAUUAUUUUGGACCCAUUUCUCUAACUAAAGAGCUUCUUCCAUCGAUGAUUGCGAGACAUAAUGGUCAAAUUGUGCUGAUCAACAGUAUCCAAGGAAAAUUAGGACUUCCAUUCCGUGCAGCAUAUGCUGCAUCUAAACAUGCACUACAAGCCUUUUUUGAUUGCCUACGGGCUGAAGUUUCAGAAUAUGGCAUUACUGUGAGCACCGUGAGCCCAACGUUCAUUCGUUCUUAUCACCAAAUGCCAGAAACAGGGAACUGGGAGGCAUCCAUUUGGAAAUUUUUCUUCAGGAAGUUGGCUUAUGGUGUUCAUCCAGUGGAAGUAGCUGAGGAAGUGUUGUACACAGUGAACAGAGGCAGCAAAGAGGUGUUGAUUGGAAAUCCUACUCCGAAGGCAUUUGUCUAUUUAAGAACAUUCUUUCCUGAGAUAUUUUUUGCAAUUGUUGCUGCUGGAAUCUCAAGCCAACCCAUAAAUGAAGAAGAUCAGUAACUUUCCUUGAUUAAGCCUUGUUCUAUGAAUUUACUGCUCAUCUUUCCUGUCUCUCUUACGUAUGUCUAAACUUAACACUUAUUUACCUCAGUUUGUCUUUUAAAAAUUGCUUCUUACCUAACCAUCACUUCAUUUCCCUAUUUUUGUUUUGCUUUUGCUAUCUAUUCUGACAAGUUAUAUCAUUAGCUUAAUAUUGGAGGUUACUGGAUAAAAUUACACGGACAAAUUGGAUAAACUAUCUUGUGUUCCCUUGAGGUAAGAAGGUUGAGUGGUGAUCUUGCUAAGGUAUUCAAAAUAACACGUGGAUUUGAUAGGGGAAGCUCAGAUGAACAAUUUCUUUUGGAAAGUUAUCAGGAAGAAAGGACGUAAUCUUCUAAUUUGAACUAAGAUAAUCAGAAGCAAAAUCAGUAACUAUUUUUCCCUAAACUGUGUUAGGAAUCUGAAAUUAUCUUCCCUUGAAGCAUGAUGAUUGCUAAAACAUACUGAGCUUUCAGGACAAGGCAGAUUUAUUUUAUAUAAGGAUAUCAAGGGAAAUAAGCAAAGGCAGGUAAAUGGAGUUGAGAUAACAAUCAGAAAUGUAGAUUUGUAAUGCUGAAAAGUGUACUCCUGAUCAUUUGUGCUAUCUUUGCGUUUUUAUAGUCUCACUUUUAUUCUAUCAUCAGUCAAAGUCAAGUAACCAAUUCUAUUGUCAUUCACUGUCAUAAGUUGGCUGAUAGAUCAUCACUGAUAUAUCUUUGUUCGUCAGAUGGAUAAUCUAGCCUUUCAGUUCCAAAUAGAACUGCAAACCUGUUCAACCUUAUGUAGUAGUGUGCUCUUUUUUACAAUCUACCCAUCAACAAAAAGAUUACUUUUGGUUAAAAGACAGUGAAAUUGGAUAUAAAUUAAUGAUUUAUCACAAACUCAGAGAGCUGUUGAAAGCCCUACUUAUAUGAUUUUACAAAUCUCCUCUGGAAAUGUUUGAGAUUGCCAUUGGUUACACAGGUGUUUUUCUAUUAAAAAGAAGAAAACAUAUUUCAAGCACAAAAUACAUCAAUCAUCAGCAAACUGAUAGAAAGUGCCAAUGAUGGUACUAUUAUGCAGAACUUGUUUAUCUGUUAGCUCACUCAAGGAUGUCCAAUUUUGGGACUGUCCUCACUACAGCCUUAGAGUAACCAUAGACAAAAGAACUGAAUACCAGAACCCAAUGCUACAGAAAUGUAAUGUUGAAAGGAAGAAAAAAAAGAUGCAAAAACAUAGACCCAGGAUAUAAAUAGCACCAGAUCAAGAUAUAGAAAUAGAUGCUGGAAAUGGACAGAACUAGAUAAACAUAGAAAGAGACUUACAGUGCACUUAUAAAUCCAAGAACCAUAUUAAAUAAGGCUGGCGAGCUUCAGGACUAAUAAAUUGCACAGGAUUAUGAUGUUGUGAAAAUAGCAGAGACCUAUCCAAAAGGGCAGGUAUAGGAUUCAAUAUUUAUAGAUAUAAGGUAUUAAGGAAUGAUAGAGAAGGCAAGAAAAGGAGGAAGGAUGGCAGUAUUGAAUAAGGAGAAAUAAAAGCAGAAUAUGCAGCGGGCACUCAAUAGACUGUGAAUAGCAAAGCAGAAUUAAUGUUACAUUUAUCAGUUUACUUGAUUCUUAUCUUUUAACAAUUGCUCUUGGAAAAUCAACUCUCCUUGUGUAACCAUAGCCCUUGAUUGAAGUCCAAUGAUCACACUGUGUCUGUCUGCCUUGUGGUAUUCUCAUCCUGUUUUCUUAUCUAGCCGUCUCCUACCUUCUGUGAGGUAAAGAGUUCACUUUCCCUUGUGUGGGCUCCUCAGUCUAUCGUCUAGUCUCUAAGUUCUGGGAAGAUUUCAAUAGAGUAAAAUUACUGAAGGUGCUUGAAAUCUGAAAUUUAAAAAAAAGGAAACUGCUGUGGGUGCUCAGUAGGUCAACCAGCAGCUAUGGGGAGAGAAAUGUAGUGGUUUAUUAUAGCCAUUCCUGGGAUCAUUCUUGUGAUCCUCCCCUGGACCCUUCCAAUAAGGAGCCCAAAACUACUCACAAUACUCCAAAGUGGUCUGACCAAUGCUUUAUAAAGUGUCAGCAUUAAAUCCUUGCUUUUAUGUUCUAGUCCUCUGAAAAUGAAUACUAGCAUUGCAUUUGCCUUCCUUACCACCAACUCAAACUGCAAGUUAACCUUCAUAGAAUCCUGCACAAGGACUCCUAAGUCCCUUUAUUUUGCUGAUUUCUGAAUUUUCUUGCCAUUUUCCAUUUGGAAAAUAGUCUUUGGCUUUAUUCUUUAUGCUAGGGUGCAUAACCAUGUACUUUCCUGCACUAUAUUCCAUCUGCCACUUCUUUGUCCAUUCUCCUGAUCUGUCCAAGAUUUUCUGCAAACACCCUGCUUCUUCAACACUACCUGCCCUCCACCUAUCUUUGUAUCUUUUGCAAGCUUGGCCACAAAGCCAUCAAUUCCAACCUCCAAAUCAUUGACAUAAAACUUGGAAAAAGUGGUUCCAACUCCGACUCUUCUGGAACACCACUAGUCACUGGCAGCCAAUCAGAAAAGGCCACCUAUCAGACCCACUCUCUGCCUCCUGCCAGUCAGCAAUCUUCUAUCUAUGUUACACACAUCAAAGUUGCUGGUGAACGCAGCAGGCCAGGUAGCAUCUCUAGGAAGAGGUACAGUCGACGUUUCAGGCCGAGACCCUUCAUCAGGACUAACUGAAGGAAGAGUUAGUAAGAGAUUUGAA